CUUGGUCGGUGUUAAGUUGGGGCUUCAGUCGGUCGGAUCAGUUUCAGCCAUGGCUCGACUCGCUGCUCUCCUGCUCUUACCGGUUCUCAUUGAAUCGGUAUUCUCAAUUUCUUUCUUUUUGCCGGUCAACUCAAGGAAAUGCUUGCGAGAAGAGAUCCACAAAGAUGUGCUUGUUACGGGGGAAUAUGAAAUAAGUGAACAAGCCAACACCAAAACUAACCUGAAGAUUACAGAUUCCUCUAGCCACACUCUGUACUCUAAAGAAGAUGCUACAAAAGGAAAGUUUGCAUUCACCACAGAGGACUACGACAUGUUUGAAGUUUGCUUUGAGAGCAAGUCACCUUUGGGAACUGGGAGAGUACCAGAUCAGCUGGUUAACUUGGAUAUGAAGCAUGGUGUGGAGGCUAAAAACUAUGAAGAGAUUGCCAAAGUGGAGAAGUUGAAACCUCUUGAAGUUGAACUUAGGCGCCUGGAAGACCUGUCAGAGUCUAUUGUGAAUGACUUUGCCUACAUGAAGAAGAGGGAAGAGGAAAUGCGUGAUACCAAUGAGUCUACCAAUACACGUGUGCUUUACUUCAGCAUCUUCUCCAUGUGCUGUCUUAUUGGGCUGGCCACGUGGCAGGUCUUUUAUUUGCGACGCUUUUUCAAGGCAAAGAAGCUGAUUGAGUAAAGAGUCUGUCAUGUCCUGAGGAGAAAGCUGCUUUUAUGUCAGGCAAAGAAAUUCAAGACCUUUUCUCACUGGACACUAGCAAAUAAUUGCAACUAGAGUCAAGAGGCCCCAACACAGUCAAAAGAAUGAUAGUUUUCUGACAAAAUAAUUAACCUGCUUAUUUGUAAAACAUGUUCAUUCAUGGUAUCCACUACAAGCUUCUUUUCUGUUCUACUUUUAAAUGUUGCGGCUACUGAGUAACAACUUAAAAUGACAGAUUUCAGAGCUUGUUUUCAAUUAGAAAAUUGCCCUUUCUUUUUGUUAAUGUCAUACCAAGCAAACUUUCCACCAACUCAUUGUUGGUGCCCUAUUGUUAAGUGAAGGCUGUUUAAAAAGUGGUUAAUUGUUACAUUAAUGAAAAAUUACAACCACUUGUCCAGUGUCACCACAUUUGACUUUUGCUCAUGUGUUUAGUAGGUAAAUUGAGUUCCUGUUUUUCAAAUUGUAUAUACUUGUUUUACUUUUAUAGUUGGGGUAAGAUGGUUUUGGUUUUUCAAUACAUUCAGCCGGUUAUAAAUGAUGUCACUGCAAAAAAACAAGCCCACAUGAAGCUGGGUCAGUGAACAUGUUUCAAUUCCAUUUAGGUAUGUUGUUAUUUAACUGUUUUUAUGUUGGCAGGUUGUGAAAGAAAACUCGAACAUUAACAUCACCAGUCAACUAUAUUUCUUUGCUGGUCUUACCAUUUAAAAAGUUUUGAAACUUUAAGAAACUUCAGUUUAAGUUAAACCAGUGUGUGUUUUCAAUUUCUGUAUGGUUUUAGGGUUAGGGUUACAAAAUCUUUUACUUUGGUAGGGAUUACAUCAAUUUGGGAACAUUUUAAACUAAAACGUGCACAGUCGACACUGUCAGUACUUUUUAUGUUGAAUAAUAAAUUUUGUAAAUUUG